AUGGCUGGUAAAAAUAGCGUUGUCUACGUGGAAACAGAGCCAGGACGAUUUGAGAUUCGGCGAGUCGUUCUAGGUCAUCAAAGCGGGGAUAGAAUCGCGAUUCACGACGGUAUCAACCCCGGCGAGAAGGUAGCCAUCAAAGGAAACUUCUUAAUCGAUUCUCAAAUGCAGCUUGCCGGGAACCCUUCCCUGAUCAACCCGGAGAAGUAUGUCGCUCCGGAAGCUGAAGAAUUGUCACCUGAGAUGCUGGCUGCUCUCGAAAAGUUGCCGCCUAAGGACAAGACGUUGGCCACUGCCCAGCAGAUUUGCCCAGUUACCGAGAUGGCCUUGGGCUCGAUGGGCACACCACCUAAGGCCGAAGUAAACGGCCGCACGGUGUUCCUAUGCUGCGAGGGAUGUCGCGGUUCGCUGAUGAAAGAGCCUGAGAAGUAUCUCGCGGUCCUCGACAAUAAAGAUAGCGGAACCCAAUCAGAGAGCGCACCUGACUUGCCGCCGAUCGGUCGUCCGAUGAUUCAAAGUCUCCUUCAAUUCUGCCUGAAAGAACGUUUACUCGUUUUACUGACCGCGGUGUCCCUGGCCGCCUUUGGCUGGUACUGCACCUACAAGGUUCCCCUGGAUGCGAUUCCCAACGUUGGCGAGAACCAGGUCAUUGUCCUGACCGAAUGGGCAGGCCGGUCUCCCAAGGACAUCGAAGACCAAAUCACCUAUCCGCUAUCGAUCGGCCUGCAAGCCGUAACCUUCGCCGAUGGCGUCGAUUUUUACUGGGCUCGAUCGCGUGUCGCCGAACAGCUUACGGCCCUCGGCAAUCAACUGCCUGAAGGCGUGACUCCGAGCCUCGGCCCGGACGCGACGGCGUUAGGGCAAAUCUACUACUACGUGCUGGAAGGUCCGCCUGAAAUGGACCUCGCCGAAUUACGUUCCAAGCAAGACUUCUUCCUGAAGUAUGCGUUGCAGUCGGUCGAUGGUGUCGCGGAAGUUGCCUCGAUCGGAGGUUACCUCAAACAGUACCAGGUCGAAGUCGAUCCCGACCAACUGCGUUUCCACGACAUUCCUUUGAGCCUCGUCAUCGACGCCGUGAAGGCCUCGAAUAUCGAUGUCGGUGCAAAGACGGUUGAGACGUCUGGGAUGGAGUUCAUUGUCCGCGGACGUGGAUUCAUCGGCGCAGGCAAGACUGAGCCGGAAACGAUUGAGCAAAUCGAGAAUACCGUUAUUCAGACUCGCGACGGGAUACCGGUCCGCGUUCGUGACCUCGCGCAAGUGCAGGUAGGCCCUUCCUUUCGGCGAGGUGCUAUCGACCUGAACGGCCGUGAGACCGUGGGUGGCGUCGUCGUCAUGCGUUACGGCGAGAAUCCUCGCGAAGUGAUUCAGCGCAUCAAAUCGAAGAUCGCUUCCCUGGAAAGCGAACUGGGGGGAAUCAAAAUCCUCGGCAUCUACGAUCGUACGCAACUGAUUGAUGAAACAGUCGCUACGCUCACCGACGCAUUGAGUCACGAAAUUCUCAUCACGAUUGCCGUGGUAGUUCUUUUCCUGCUCAACGUCCGGUCGAGCCUGAUCAUUGCGAUUACCUUGCCGAUGGCAGUGCUCAUGUCCUUCGCGGCGAUGAAGUGGUUUCAC